UUCGGUACUAUCGGGUUGCGAGGGACUUCUGGAAACCGUAUCUUAUUGGCGCUAUUUGGGCAAGUAUUGCGCUGUGGCCAGCCUACUCUUUCUAUUAUCAGACUUUAAUCAGCCUAGAUAGCAAGAUGAACAAGCUAUUGCAAUCUAUUUCUGACAAGUUGAAACAUUUGGAAUCAAUUGCAACACCAGAUGCAGUAAACUAUGUUGAAGCAUGCCUCAAAGUACAGAAUAAACAGUUGCUGCACAGAAUAAAGUCGUUAAAAGAAUCAGUUAUUCAGCAGGAGCUACUUCUUGGAUUAAAUCAACAACAACUUCAUCAUGUACCCUCUGUUAAGGCUGUAUCCAAUGGUUCUAAUUUGAAUAGAAAUUCACUGGAAAUCGGACAUUUGUCCGAUAAAGGAUUAGUGCCGGAAGAGCAACCCAAACAGAGGACAGAGGUACAAACGGACUCGGUGAAAACUAAAAAUCGGAAUACCGAACGUAAAAUACCAGAUGGAAAACCACAAUGUGCUGAAAAGCCUGUUGAUAUUGGUCGUCUGGAUCUGCGUGUCGGUCGAAUUAUAGAUGUAAAUCGCCAUCCUGAUGCUGACUCUUUAUACGUAGAGAAAGUUGACUUGGGUGGAAAUGAAAUACGCACUGUUGUCAGUGGGUUGGUGAAAUAUCUACCUAUCGAGUCACUACAAAACCGAGUCGGGAUAUUGCUCUGCAAUCUCAAGCCAGCAAAAAUGCGUGGUGUUGAAUCGGAAGCAAUGCUAAUGUGUGCAAGCUCUCCAGAUACAUGUGGAGUAGAUCCUCUGAUUGUUGAGGGCCCAGAUAUACAGUUAGGUGAUUCAGUUGUGGUUCCUGGAUAUAAUCACGAUCCUGAUGACCAACCUAAUCCCAAAAAGAAAAUUUUUGAACAAGUGAAACCAGAUCUUAGAGUAAAUGAAAACGGGAUCGCUAUGUAUAAAAAUGUUUCAUGGACACUAAAAGGGUCUUCUCUUGCUGUGAUUAAAUCACUCAGGGUCAAAGACGCUCAAAUAGCUUAG